GCUAUGAAAAUGAAAGCCUAAUCAGAGGACAAGAUCUGCGAGGACGGAGCGGACUUUGUCAACACUGAAACUGCCAAAUUUGAACAAACUUGCGUCGUGUUGUAGUUUUGCUUGAAUUUGCUGGGCUAUGAGUUUCAUAGUCGGAAUCGGAAAAUGGCUGGGUCCAAGAUCAAGAUUAUUAACCCAAAUACGCAGCAGAAACAUGUGUAACAAACCCCAAGAGGUAAAGGCUGAAUCUGCCCCUGCCCCUGCCCCUGCCCCCUCUGCAGCAGAAGCUCAUGCCUUCAGAAUCCCUGGUCACAGACCCACUGAAUGGGACAAGAAGAUUUUGCUUUGGGCAGGACGGUUUAAAUCUCCUGAGCAGAUCCCAGAGACAAUAAGUUUUGAGAUGCUUGAUGCAGCAAGAAAUAAAAUGCGAGUCAAGGCCUGCUAUGCGAUGAUAGCCCUCACAUUAGGGGCUUGUGUUGUGAUGGUUGUGAUGGGCAAACAGGCUGCUGGAAGACACGAGUCUUUGACAAGUAUGAAUUUGGAGAAAAAGGCCAAAUGGAGAGAAGAAGCACAAAGAGAAAGGGAGGCAUUAGUUGAGAAAACCCAGUGACUGUAAUGUAUACACACCCUUUAGUCUACGUUUCUGCACCGCAAGCACUUAGAUUUUCAACUAAACGACAGUAAUGAGUUAUUAAAAUUAUUUAAUCAAACUGUUCAGUGAGUGAACUUAGGAAAACUGAUUUUAUGUUGUUUUUAUGUUAUUUUAUGUGUGACAACUUCAGUGUGUAAUUUAAAAUGUGGGGCCGAUGUUUAGUUUGAGAUUAAAAUAGCAAACCUCUACCAAACAAUUGCCCAAAAUGUGUUUAAAUUUAGUGUUCAGGCUACUAUCAAAUCAUUUACCGGUUAUUUUAUUAGAGAGCAUGAAUAAAAGUGCUUGGAGCUAUAUUGCACAUGCAUUGUAUAAGUUAUAAUUUACCUGAAACAUUUAAGAGUCCUCACAGUUUAAGACUAUGGGGUUCUCCCGAGAAACAGCACGUGAGGUCUGCUUAAACGAAGCCGGAUUAAAACACACUAGUAGAAAUCGAGUGUAAAGUUGCCUUUUAAAAUCUUUGUGGUAAAAUCAGUCAUUUGAUCAGUCUGAUGAUAUGAUAAUAAAAAUGUAUUUAAGUUUAGUGUUUAGGCUGUUAUAAAACCAUCUCCUUAAAAGUAAAUAGUGCCUGGUUAGUUUGUGGCUAUGUACUAGUAUUCCCCUCACUCUUGUGUUUUCCUUGAGAUCCUUUGUCCUUCACAUUAUCCUUUCUAUCAAGGAUGCUCAUGUGAGGAUUUUGGAAGGCAAAUAGCACAAAACUAAAUUUACUAUAUAAAAUCCAGUAGUGAGCGAUUUUCAACUAUACCAGACCCAUGCAAAAAAAAAAAUAUAUUGUUCAUACAAAACACACGUAGAUUGUUGAUGAAACAGCUUUUAUGCAAAUGACAUAACAGUUGCACAAACUUAAUACAAUUAACAGUAAUGAACAUGAAGAGUAGGUAAUCUCUAAGAGAUUUAGACAAAAGAAAUAUGAGCAUAGUGGGUGUUGUAAAUAAACAUUUAUGUUUACCACAGUUAUUUCCUUUGUAAUAUGGCACAAUCAGCAACAUGGCUGAUGUUAACCCCAAUUUCAUAAAACUAAAUAUACACACUCUGGAAA